UGGAGUCGGUUCGGUUUCGCUUUCCCUUAAAACAAUUCAGAGAAAAUAUUGAGCUCGUCUUGGAAUACACAGGUCUUAAUUUUUAGUUAAGACCUAAUUUUGAGUGGGCUGCAGACUCCUUUAGACCUUCUGAAUGCUGGCAUAAAAGUUGUCUUCUUUAAAGUUUGGGUUUUAUCGCCAUAGUCUACACAGUUUGAAAAUGACGUCGGAAUCGUCUCUCAAUUUGAAAGAAGUUGAGGAGCUGGCCAACGCCUUGGGGGAGGCAAUCAGUAGCGGCGAGAAAGAAGAGGCAGCCAGACUUUCUCAAAUGUUGUCAGAACUCGCAGUCGCUGUGAAAGUCAACGUCGACAAUCGAGCCUACCCAAGUGACUCCAUCAAGUUAAAGGUCGGAGUUGAGGAUGGCCAGUCAGAAAUGGGCAUCCCUGUGAGUGUUGAAGUCUCCACAAACAUGACCAUAGCAGAGCUAAAGGACAAGUUCAGUCAGGACCACGGCUUCAAUGCGACACUGCAGCGCUGGGUCAUCGGCAAGCGUCUGGCGGGCGACGGCGAGACGCUGUAUAGCCAUGGCAUCCGCAAAAGUGGCGACCAGGCCUUCCUGUUCAUCCGCUCCGACCAUGCCGGGGCCCCACUGACCAGACACCUGCAGCAGCGCGAGGAAGAGCAGCAGCUCCUUGAUAGGAUCGCGGAGACGGUCAUUCUCAUGCCCAGGGGGCUACAGGCGGGAGCUCCUCCUCCCAUAGUGCGCCCCAAAGUGCCCCCCAAACCCGCCGUUGUUCCCAAGCGGGGCUGGACCUGUAAGGUAUGUACCUUUGUGAACAAGCCGACGCGUCCGGGAUGUGAGAUGUGCACUGAGGAGCGGCCUGUGGGCUACCAGGUUCCUGAGACCUACAAGCCAGACGAGGAGGAAAUACAGCGCAUGCAUCAGGAGGAACAGGCCAACCAGAUUUACACUGAGGUGUUGCAGGCCGAGGCUGUGCAGAGGGAGAGGAACUUCCUUGAGCUGCUGCAGACCGACGACCAGAGCAUCGUUCCAUGCGUCCAGGAGCUAGAAUGUUUAGUCUGCAUGUGCCCCGUGCUGCCAGGAGAGGGCGCCAUACUCAGAGAGUGCCUGCACAGCUUCUGCAGGGACUGUCUGAAAGGCACCAUAGUGAACAGCCAGGAUGCAGAGGUUUCCUGUCCCUUUGCAGACAACCAAUACGACUGUGACAAAAAGCUGCAAGACAGAGAGAUAAAAGCUCUCCUGACCGAGGAAGAGCACCAGCGCUUCCUGGACCUGCGGCUGAGCAUCGCCGAGAGCCGCCAGAAGGACAGCUUCCACUGCCAGACGGCCAACUGUCAGGGCUGGUGUGUGUAUGCGGACGAGGUCAACGAGUUCCCCUGUGAUCUCUGCAAGGAGACCAACUGUAUUCUCUGCAAGGCUAUCCAUAAGGACAUGAACUGCAAGCAGUACCAGGACGACCUGCUUCUCCGGGCGGAAAACGACCUGGCUGCAAAGCAAACCAAGGAAAUGUUAGAGCAAAUGCUGAAGAGCGGAGAAGCCAUGAAGUGUCCCGGAUGUGAUGUCAACAUACAAAAGAAAAGUGGCUGUGAUUGGCUCAGCUGCCUGAUGUGUAAAACAGAGAUCUGCUGGGUCACGAAGCAGGCUCGCUGGGGCCCAAAUGGUACUGGUGAUGUAUCAGGUGGCUGUAAAUGUCGUGUCAACAAUGCGCUCUGCCACCCCAAGUGCCAAAACUGUCACUGAGACAAGUCCUACCGUACACACACACACACACACACACACACACACACACACACACACACACACACACACACACACACACACACACACACACACACACACACACACACACACACACACACACACACACUCUAGGUCAUUAUUCAAGGACCUCUAUCUAUUUACAUUGUCUGAAAUGUAAAAAUGUAAUUACAUUUUAUUUGUAUAGCCCUUAAUCACCGGUAGAGUCCCAAAGGGCUUAACAGGGCAUAUAUUUAUGACAACUCCCUGACCCUAGCUCCCAAGAGGGCAAAAUCUCCCUUAAUGAUCAUGCAGGGAUGAUCAGGAGUGCAAUGUGUGCCAUAAUUGACCUACAUACAUGCAUACAUACAGGCAAUACAUUUUAAAUCUGUGAUCGGGUGCCGGCCGGUUAGCCAUAAUGAGAGUCCAGGCAUCCAGUCGUAGUCACCGCAAAAUGCUAGAACAGACCAAAUACUGAAUUACAAGGGGAAAAGUGCAUACUGGAAAUGUAGACAAUCAUGAAGGAUUUGGGGACUGGUGUCUUUAUACUAGUACUUUUGUUUAUAUACUACUAUUAUUCUGUAAUUUAUGAUUUUGGAUUCCUUAUCAUUUUUGUGGACUAAAUAAAUGGGUAAUACGUGGGUGGAAAGACACUCUGGAAAUCUCAAUUCUUUGGGAAACAUGUAUUCCCACAACGUUAAAUAAACUUUUAUAUGACCAUGAUGAAUCUCAAAUUUAUUUGAUGGUUAUUUUAUCACUAUUCUCCUCUACUGUGUUGGGGCUGGUACCUGCUUCAGAUGAAUGCAGAUACACUAUAUGCAAAAAGGGCCCCUAUUUAAUCAGUAGGUGUGAAUGUGAUAAACAGGUUGUUCCCGCCACCCCAUUCAUCAAUUUGUGUGAAGGGACCUGGCUCUUGUUUGGACGAGCUGGAAGAUAAGUUAUCGGCUGUAUUUUACACAACUGAUUAUCUGGAGGUAAGUACAGGAACUCUAGACCUUGGUGCUAUCAUCAUCAUCAACUUCUAUUAUUAGACUCAAGGUCCAUUUUAGAAGACAUACAAUUCAAAAAAUAGACAACAGUGGUAUAAUGAGCACAUACCACAGCCUCUCGUGAUCUAUUGCUUAAUUAUGCAACUAUUAUCACAUCGUAUUGUUGAUAUAAAUAAACAUGUCAGUCCUAUCCACUCAGAUUCAUCAUUACAGCCAACCCCAGAAGUAUAUGACUUUAUUUAGGAAUAGAUAUGGAAAGGGAGAGACGGAGGUAUCAGAGGUUUCCAGGGGAGACCAAUGCUGCCUUGCAUACAAUAAAUAGGCCUACAACACAUCUCACACCUUUAGACAGCUCAUACAAAAGCCUCAGAUAGAAAUCGGUUGAAUUAGCUGCAAAUGAGAAUGCCCGUGAAUCAGUUAGCAAUGCAUAAUGCAGU